CAACGUGGAGAAACUACCAUACAGGUAAUCAACCCGAUCGAAUCUUUGAAUCUCGCAAAAUGCCAUGACAUACCGCAAAGAGUCUCGCUAUACACACGACCCCCGUGAUCGGUCCCGGGAACCAAAAUAUAAACCAAAGCGCACUACGCUCUCGAAUGCACACAGACAUGAACACUCCAGAUACAACGAGUCAGAGAGAGUUGCAUACAGUCCACCACCACGGCGCAGGAGGUGGGCCGCAGGAUACAUAGAUCGCCAAUCCUGCUCAUCUAACGCGUACAUAAAUACCCGCCACCGCUCCCCAGAUGGCGACUACCCUUCAGAUACGGAGUAUAUUACCCAACCAACACACCGCACUGAUGACUACAUCCAACCCCACAGCCACCACGACCGGCAUAACAUGCGUUCCAACCCAAGUACCAGGCACUCUCAGGGUCACGACGGCUCUGGAGUAGAGGACUCGAUGGACGGACCUAGUACUGGCGCGAGAAAGGAAACGCAAUACGGAUCCGACGUGGAGAGUCUGAAGGACUAUCAAACUACACACCGACGUUACUCAAGCCCAACAAGCUCCAACCCAGACAUCGAGAAGCGAAGUGAUAUCGCCAGCUUAGGUAAAAGAUCACUAGGCUCGGACAUCGCGAGUAUACGCAGCAGACGCAGCUCAAACGCACAAUCUGACCGCCAGUCUGCCCGGCCGUCGAGUGCCGCGUCCGAUAUUCAGAAGAGGAAAAGGGAAAGGAGGAAUGAGAGUGACAGCGAUAGCGACAGCGAGGGAGGAUACAUCUCGCUUGACGACUAUAUUACAGGGAGGAGUGGUUGCGUUUCAAAUCGGUCAGUAUCGGAAGACAAUGGGGAGGGAAGUGAUGCGAUGGGAAGUGAUGUUGAAUCGGUGAGUGAUGCUGGAGAAGGAAGCGAUGAUGUGAAGGGCAGUGACGUAGAGUCUUUAUCAGAUGGAGGGAGUUACGGUUCCAGAGAAGAUUGCAUCGAGAAUGAGUAUGAUGAUCGCAUAGAUACCGAAGGCCGUAGUCGAUGGAAGCAGGCAGCCUAAGACGUGGUACAAAUUGAGUGGUGCUGAUAUCGCAUGUCAUCAAUGAACGCAUGGCGCUUUCAUAUAUAUGGUGGCGGCAGAACUUUGUCCUCGAUUCCGCUUAGUAGCUCUUACAUGUUAUACACGAAUCUACACCACAUCUGCUCCAACCAAUGCAUGCUUUGCUGCCGUCUUCACAACCUAAACACCUACUGUUGGCAUUUGUACGGCACAAGUCUCUUCUUACUGAUGGUUCCUCUCCAGGCGUACGUCUAUGCCGUGGCAGUGGCUUGCUCGACCGGCUCUGCAGCCUCUACGAUCGGCGCAAGCUCGGCAUUGUUCAUAGGACCC